CUGCGCCCUGACGGUCGCUAUCAUCAUCGUUCGCGACAGCACGCGGCUUCUUUCAGCCUUCAUUGCAGUUUCUUUUGUCAUUACGGGAAACGUUAUUUGAGGUGUAAUUAAAUCGUUGCAUCUUGCCGAAAUAAUUGUUUUAUUGCAAUGUCAACGGUAGCGAGUCCUUUAGCCGUUGGAGGCAUCCGGCAAUCGGGAGCACCGGUUCGCACACAAAACGUUAUGGCUGCUUGUGCGAUCGCUAACAUAGUUAAAAGUUCUUUGGGUCCAGUUGGAUUAGAUAAGAUGCUGGUUGAUGAUAUUGGUGAUGUUACUGUUACCAAUGACGGAGCAACUAUCUUACGUUUGUUAGAAGUUGAACACCCAGCUGCAAGAGUUUUGGUCGAAUUAGCACAAUUACAAGAUGAAGAAGUUGGAGAUGGUACUACUUCAGUUGUAAUAGUAGCAGCUGAGCUUUUGAAAAAUGCAGAUGAACUUGUGAAGCAAAAGAUUCACCCAACUUCAGUAAUUAGUGGUUACAGACUUGCCUGCAAAGAAGCAUGCAAAUAUAUUCAAGAACAUUUGACUGUUAAUGUGGAUGAACUUGGACGAGAUUGCUUAGUUAAUGUUGCAAAAACAUCAAUGUCUAGCAAAAUUAUUGGAGCAGAUGCCAAUUUCUUUGGAAAUAUGGUAGUUGAUGCUGCUAAUGCGGUGAAGAUCAGUGAUGGCAAAGGAGGCUCCUUGUAUCCCAUUAAGGCAGUCAAUGUCUUGAAAGCUCAUGGAAAGAGUGUCCGAGAGUCUGUUUUAAUUCAAGGAUAUGCUCUAAAUUGCACUGUUGCUUCUCAAGCGAUGCCGAAGAGGAUAGCGAACGCAAAGAUCGCAUGUCUGGACUUCUCGUUGCAAAAAGCAAAAAUGAAGAUGGGCAUUGAAGUACUUAUUACAGAUCCUGAAAAACUGGAGGCUGUUCGUCAACGUGAAGCGGACAUUACUAAAGAACGUAUUCAAAAGAUUCUUGCUGCUGGAGCCAACGUGAUUCUUUUAUCUGGCGGCAUUGAUGACUUAUGCUUGAAGUAUUUCGUAGAAGCUAAGGCUAUGGCAGUACGUAGAUGUAAAAAGGCUGACCUGAAAAGAAUCGCUAAAGCUACGGGUGCGCAAUUCCUCACCUCGUUGACUAAUAUGGAAGGAGAAGAGAGUUUCGAUGCCAAUUUCCUAGGAGAGGCUACAGAAGUAGUGCAGGAAAUGAUAUGCGAUGAUGAGCUUAUUCUUAUCAAAGGUCCCAAGGCACGCACAGCCAGUUCUAUUAUUUUACGUGGACCAAACGAUUAUUAUUGCGAUGAAAUGGAACGUUCAAUACACGAUGCAUUAUGUGUCGUCAAGAGAGUUUUGGAAAGCAAAAAUGUCGUCGCAGGCGGAGGUUGCGUAGAGGCUGCGCUUUCUAUAUAUUUAGAAAACUUUGCGACAUCAUUGAGUUCUCGAGAACAACUUGCUAUAGCAGAAUUUGCAAGAUCUUUAUUGAUCAUUCCGAAAACGUUAGCCGUAAACGCUGCACAAGAUGCGACUGAUCUUGUCGCCAAGCUUCGAGCCUAUCACAAUUCCAGUAUAACGAAAUCGGACCUUGCUGAUCUGAAAUGGGUGGGCCUUGAUUUGCUAGUAGGAAGUAUAAGAGACAACAAGAAAGCUGGCGUGUUAGAACCAGCAAUUUCGAAAAUUAAAUCUUUGAAAUUCGCCACUGAAGCAGCCAUAACUAUUCUUCGAAUCGAUGACAUGAUUAAAUUAGAUCCCGAGCGUCCGAAAACUAAAUCAUAUCAAGACGCUAUGGAAGCCGGCGAAUUGGAAGAUUAAUAUUAAAAUGCAUUUACGCUAAAAUGCGAUAUGUUUACAAGAGAGAAAUGUAAAAGAUUUGUAAAUCUUUCACCGCACAGACACACACAUGCCACGCGAUAAUAAAGAAACGCAAGUUAUAAUUUAAUUAACGAUACCAAUAUUUGCAACUGUCCGUAUAUCGUAUACAGUUUAAUUCCAUGUUCAUAUGUAAAAUGUUGCUAUCUAAAAAUUGAAAAUAAAGCUUUUUCAUAAUA